AUGGCGAAGCAAACCCUGAGAUAUGCCAUGGUCGGUGGUGGCCAGGGUUCAUGGAUCGGUGAUGCACACCGAAAGGCUUUGGCUUUGGACAACACUGCCAGGCUCGUCGCCGGCUGCUUCUCUUCCAGUCGAGAGCGGUCGCAGGCAUUUGGCGAAGCUUUGGCUUUGCCAGACUUGCGCGUUUACGGCUCGCCCUCGGAGCUCGCGGAGAAAGAGGCGGCUCUUCCAGUAGACGAGAGGCCGCACUUCGUCGUCAUCUGUACACCCAACCGGCAUCACUUAGAGCAGAUUGAACUGCUAGCUGCCAAGGGUUUCCCGAUUGUCUGCGACAAGCCGCUCUGUGAGACUCUGGCCGAAGGAAAGCAGGCCCUGGCAGCCCUGGGCGGCGGCCUCUUGGCCCUGACUCACUGCUACGCAGGAUACCCCAUGAUCAAGGAGGCUCGGUCUCUGGUCAAGAAAGGUCGCUUGGGCACGCUUCGCAAGGUGGUUGUAGAGUAUCCACAAGGCUGGCUUGUGCCAGAAGAGGCUAAGGAUGGCAAGCCGGCGAUGAGUGCCUCCACCGGUGUCUCUAGUAUGGUCGACGUGGGCACGCAUGCAGAGCAUUUGGCUCGAUAUGUUACCGGCCUCGAGGCCAAGGAGGUCUUUGCAGACGUAUCUAGUUUUGUCACUGGCGGCCCCCGUGCGCCAGAUGACUUCAAUGUGCUGAUCCGCUAUGAGGGAGGUCAGCGGGGAGUGCUGAUUGCGUCGCAGUCGUCAUCUGGGGAGCAGAACUGCUUGCGCCUGAGGGUGUAUGGCUCGGAGGGAUCUCUCGACUGGAUGCAGGAGGAUCCGAACAUCCUUACGAUGCGCCUGCGUGACCAGCCAGUACAGACGCUCCACCGUGGACAACCCUACCUCAGCCCCGAGGCACGUUCCUGUUCCCGCCUUCCACCGGGCCACCCGGAGGGCUAUCUGGAAGCCUUUGCCAACAUCUACCGCAGCUUCGCUGCUGCAGUGCAGGCACGGGACACUGGUGCGGAGGUUCCAGAAGUCGACUUCCCCACGGCAGCAGAUGGCAUUGCCAGUUUGGCCUUUGUAGAGGCAGUUUCCAAGAGUUCUGAGGCAGGAUCCUUCAAUUCGGAGUCCGGGGUGCAGUGGGUGCUACCUGGCCAUUUGGGCUGGUGGGUCUCCUUUCAUUUUGGACAGAAACGAAGUUCAAAGAACGACCCGUUCACCAACGCUGGUAUUUGCAUCGAGCCUGACCUGUCUUAUGACGUGGACAUGCAGGCUGAGGAGCACGAGGCUUUUGGAACCUUCCGUGCUGCCAAUGCGGCCUGCAAGGAGCAGAGCCACCGAACCAGCUUCAUGACCGGGCACUUGCUGUGGCAGGAUCGAUUGCGCGUUGAGCAGCAGCAGCGGGACAAACAGCUUAGCUGGGGCUCCACGCCCCAGGAUCCCCAGGGCUGGCGAACCCAGAAGAAGGCAGUCAGCUUUUCGAGACCAGGAUGGCGAGAGAUCGGCUUCUUUGGCAGGACUCACAAGGUCCUGGCAGUCGGAAUCCUGACCUCGAGCUCCCAAGCUGCAGCGAGGUACAGGACGAUUGUCGGCAUUGUGGUGCUUGCCCUUCUUCUGCAAGGUGUGCCUAUAGCGCUGCUCUCUCGGCUUGCGGGCCCGGUACCCACGUCUUGUGAGGCCAUCGUGGUCCUCGGAUAUGCCAUUGACUGGAGCACAGGGCGUGUCCCCGAGGGUGGCCUGCUCUCGCAGCGCUUGGCGCUGGCGCUCACCGCCCUUGAUGAAGCUCGCGUGUUGGUCUUAUCUGGGGGAAUCGGCGAGGAUGUUGUCUCAAAGGUAUCCGAGGCCGCGGCUAUGAAACGCUGGCUCGAAGAUCGAAAGGCACUGACGACUGAGGUCCUGCUGGAAGAAGUGUCCGUCUCGACCCACACCAAUGCGCUGCGCUCUUUGGAGCAUCUCCUGGCAAGGGAAGGAGCUCUUCCUAGUUCAAUCUGCCUAGCAACUAAUUCUUUCCAUCGAUUUCGUGCACGGUACACCUUCCAGAAAGCACUGCAGAAGAUGAAGGUGGAUCCUGCUGGAGUUCAGAUCUUCGCGUUGCAGGAUGCCACGCCCAAAACGCAGUGGUCCGCCUUUUUCGGUUCCAACGUUGAAGUGGAAGAAGCCGUGCAGGUCCUACAUCCCAUGCAGCGGCUCAGUUUCGAUCUAAUGCUGGGUGCAGAUGGCCCCGACAAACUUCACAAUUCUCACUACGGAGGCCCUGUUGGUCUUUAUCGUCUGUUGAAAUGCGUGGCACCAUACCACCACAAAGCAACCAGGACAAGCGGCAAAAGCACGAACGGUAAGACUAGCGUGGUUGUAAUGACGUUGGCCACAAAGGGCAAAGUGUACAAGAAUGUUGCAAAGCCCCUGCCAUUGAUUUCACACUGGGUGCCCAAAGGCCGGCUAAGGCUGAAGAUAAUGCGUGGGCUUGCCUCAUCGACAUCGGAGCCUUCGCUGAGGCAUGCGGAGGACGCAGGCCCUUUCGGUCGACCUGCGGCCGAGGUCGCCUUGAGGCAUCAUGAGGUGUGCCACCGCCAAGCGCAUGCCCCCCUCGAUCAGCCGAGGACCGCCCAGCUGUUGCAUAGUUUCGGAACUGUGCAUACGCUCUCACGCGCCUGGAAUGGACAAUGCCAGAUUUGUUGA